GUGUAGAUCGUAAACUUCAAUUCAUUUUCAAACAUUUUCUUUGGUUGUUCCCCAUGGGAUUUUCCUUAUGAUAAUUAGACUUUCUUUGUCACAAAGUAAUUUAUUUAACUUCUAUUUUGCUGCCAUGAGACUGGUUGAAAAUUAUCUUUAAUUCUAAAUGGUCAGAACUGAGAUGUUUAUAAAACAAAAUAAUAACAAAGUGUAAGUAUGUUUUUUAUAUCAUUUGAUACAUUGAUACUUUUUGCUCACAACAAUGUUCAUUUUACAUAGAAAUAAAAUUUUUGAAAAUAUAGAACACUCGGAGGAGUUUUCUCUCUGAAUCUUAGCAAAUAAGAUACAAAUGAUUUUAUAGGGUUAAAACUGUACAAUAAUUGUUUUUGAAGCAACAGAUCCAGGGUUGUGGUGAGGACUUGAAUCAAUAUCAGCAGACAUCAGGUGAGAGCUGGCGAGAGCCUGGACACCUGUCCGUCCAUCACAGAGACACACAUAAAGUCCAUUAACUAUUCAAACCAUUAGCCAACUGAUGUUAUUUCUUGCAUUAAAUAUUUGUUCCACUGUGACCCAUAAUAAAAAAAUGCAUCCUGUUGUAAUUUUGUAAUUUUUGGGUCUAACAGUAACUGCCACCUUGUGGGCGUCCACACCUAGUGUGUUGAUGUAACUAACAAGUAGUGAUUAAUAUUUCAUGGACUGUGAGUCAAGAAUAGUUCAAUGUCAGAUGAUGGUGCUGAUCUCAGCACAGUUUAUCUGCCGUGUAAGCGGUGUUCAUAUGGUACGGAGCUCCUCAUCUGUAGUCGGUCUGCCGUGUGAAAACUAACCAUGAUCAAUUAUUGAUCCUGGUAAUAUCAAUUUACUGUUUGCCCGUUUUAGCUGUUUCCAUGGCAGGAGCUCAUCUAUUCUUAAUCGUCUGGGUGUUUUUCUACGCCGGGUAUUUUCAGCUCCUCUCACAUCUCUGUCAGGAUAUUAUUGUGCGAUAAUUGUGUCCCACUAUGGCUUUGGCUAAGGAGGACGUCUGGCAUUUCUGAAUGGGACGUAAACAUGUGAGACAUUCUUUUUGCCUGAUGGAGGGGGCAAAAAUGAAACAGGAGAAAGGAAAGGCUGUGAGGACAGUAAGGUUUAGAGUGGCGUCCGCCAACAGCGGCCGGGUCCUGACAGAGGUGUUCAAGGAUGACACAGCCUGGCGUGGCCCAGUGUCACAUUCAGUAGACACAGUGGACCGUACCAGUGCCCAGGAGCCACAAGAAGAGGGUUCACUUCCCGCUAGCAAGGCUAACAGCCACCUCAAUGGUUUGGCGGUAGAGACCUCGGAGGACGCCGGUGGCUGUGACCCCGAUGACCUGCUUUUAUAUGCCAGUGCCAAGAGAGAGAAGCUCUUCAGCAACAAACGCAUCAACAUCUGCAGCAAGAACGGGACCAUAAGAGGAGUGAGGAACAAAGUGAGCGCAGGACAAGUGCUUUUCAACAACCUCUCCCACACCUAUUCUGUAAGUCCAUGCCACUGUGGUUCUGAAUGGAGUUGUUGCUACUUCAAAGCUCUGUUUUAGGCUGGGGUCUCAAGGGUUUUUAUUAUUGUGUCUAUUUAAAACUAAGUUUGUUCAGACGUGUUCCGUGUUCUGUUUCUCUUCAAGACUUCGUUUCGUCACCAGAAAAGGAGGCCAUGGGAGAAGGAGUAAAGAGUAAUCUCAAAUACCAGUUAUUGGACAAUAUGGUUAUUUGGACAAAGUCUUAUUUUUGGAGCUUCAACAACAGUAGUUGGACCAGUCCAUACAUCCCGUACGGUCCAGAAUAGGAGCGUAACUAUCCCUUUACAAUUUAAUAUACUUUUGACCACAUUCUUUUUAGUAUUUUACAUAUGUGUGCAUGGAAACAUGUGAAAUCUUCUCCUUCUAUGUUGUCAUCAUUAAUGUUUUCACCAAAACUAGACCUAUGGGUGUAAUGACUCUACCUUUUAACAGUUUAAUAAAUUUUAUGGAAACAGUUGUUGGUAUGAGUUCAUCGCUUCAACAUCUCUCUGUUAUCACCGUCAAAGCCCUGGUAUUCAGUUAUGUUCUUGACUCUCCUUCUUACAUGGCCGGUUAGCUCAGGUUU